AAAACGCAGUUUCGCAGUGCAGAAGUUGAUGCGGUUUGUCCGUUUACGAAAGAAGUUACGUUGUCGUUGGAAAAGCAGUUCGUAGUGCAUAACUAGACAUUGUUAGAAGGUUAUUUUGUUUAAUAAAAGUCAAAGUGUCAAAGAUAAACACGUGUUAUCGUAAGCAGAUGUUAAUUAUUUUGAAGACGCAGUAUUUGGUUAAGUGGGGACUUUUGGUCAAGCCUCUUUGGUGAUGGACGUUUCAAACGUAGCCGUUUGUUUUGGUAUAUACUACCGUGUUUGAGCGUAUUUGAAAAGGCAGUCUGUCUUGUUUAAUUGUAAAGUUGCGUUGAAGAAAGCUAAAGAUUGUUUUCGCCGUGCUAAAAUUGGUUAUACAGCGUUUGUCACUGAAGAGAAGCCUUUUUUAAGGCUUUCAAGUGUUCCGGUGAUUCAUAGAGUCCAAAUUACGACCCUGAUAAGAGUUAAGUGCACUCCGCUUCGCGUCGUGCCACUACUCGUUGCGCGUGCUUUAAAGACUUGCUUAUACACUUGUAUCUUAAUAUACUAUUAAAGGUUCUGUUAGUACCUGCACUAGUUGGACAAAUGCGCUUGUGGGUGGUUUAAGUGACAGUUUGCCAUUAUACAUGGCAAUAUGUAACAGUUUAUAGUGAUCAUCACUUGAUGUUCCGUUAUCAAUUUUAAAAUCGCUUAAAAAUAAAAUGUAGUAUACAAUUGAGGGUUCGUAAAAAAAUGGGGUUGGAGUGAAUUAUGUAUCUUAGUAUCUCUGUCCACUCCGAAACUCAUUUGACAAACAUGAGGUCGCAAAAACUGCAGUGUAGCUUUUACUGAUCCUGGAGAAGAUUUUUUCCCGAUCUUAUUUCUACCACCUGCCAUUUGGUCAAUUGUUGGCGCGCUGUAUAUUCGAUUUAUAUUUUCUUUACAUUUGUACCCUACCAAGAGGUAUUAACAUUAAAUGGAAGCAUUGAUUAACGUAGUACAUAAACAUUAAUGACUCCCUCAUCUUAGUAUCUAGAAACAGCUGGAUUAUUUAUCCAAGAUUACAUUGUGUAGUUAGUGAUUGUAAUAAAGGUAGGCUUUAUCAGCAGAGUAUAUGUGACUGUUAAAUAUCGUUGUACAGCUAAUUUUAUUCGCACGCUGCCUCUAGGAAAAUGUGUACAUCUGAAUGUUUAUUUAAUGUGCAUCGACGAGUAAACACAAUUAACCGCUUCAGUUGCUUGCUUUACUGUUGACUCUUUGCCAUUUUAGUGUUAGUGUACAAUGGUGGCUCGAAUAUUUCUUGAAGGACAACGCUUAUCAAAUUCCUUUGUACAGUGGAAACGUCGCUGGGUGCUUUUUUCGUUAUUUAGCGUUUUUGUAGUAUUAUGCCUCCUUUUGGAAAACACACAGGAACCUGCUACUGCCAUAUACAUCGACCGUUUAAGUAGCGCACAGUCCCUUUUAGUGGAAUUGCAGAGGCGCAACCGGCAACUUCUGAAGAUAUUGAGAGAUUUUGAAAAGAUUGACAUUACUAUCGAUAAAGAAGGGACGCUACACGACCUAGAAGAACGUCUAGAGAUACUUUCCUCGUCAAAUGGAAGUAAAGUUCCCUUAAAGAGACCCUCCACAGAGUACCAACAUUUGCAAAGACAUAUAAAAAAUAAUAUUAACGAGUUUUGGUAUUUCGUAAAGGCACAACUCCAAAAAAUGAAAUCGGAAGCUGCGGAAUCACUAAAACCGACUUUGGAUGACAUCUUAGCGAUGGCACUAGAUCAUACGCAGGCUCUGUUAAGCGAUAUUGAUGAAGUGAUACAGAAGGAUGGUUACAAGGACUGGAGACGAGCCGAAAGCGACGAUUUAUCUGGAUUAGUGUGGCGACGAUUCAAUUAUUUACAAAAUCCCCGGAAUUGCAAAACAGCAAAUAAAUUAAUUUGCCAUGUUGAACAGUCCUUCUAA